ACCACCCUUACCCCCUUGGUCUGUCCGAUAACACGCCUGAAUGAAAACCCAGGAGCGACGCCACUGUCGGUGAAGGUGUAUUAUAGUACUAACAUCGACUGCAGGCUUCCUCUGUGUGUUUUUUCCUUAACUGUCAGUUAGGCAUAUCUUCGGCCGGAGCUCCGUCUGGUGGACGUGAAACUGUAGCAUGGACCCACGGAAAGUGGCCGAGCUGAAAGGCUUCGUGCAGUUGUGCGAGGCUAAUCCCGGGAUCCUGCACCUUCCAGAGAUGGGCUUCUUCCGGACGUGGCUGCUAAACAUGGGUGCAACAAUCCCUCCACCACCCAAGACAAGUGACUCAUGCCAGGGUGGCUGUCCCUGUGGCCCUCCACCCACCGCAGCUUCGCCUCCAGAGCCUGAGCCUGAGCCUGCGCCUGCUGUGCCGUCUGAGAGCGAGGAGAGUGAAAUAGUCUCCGUGCUUCGAGACUGGCUGCUGGGACACUGGGAGGAGGCAGCCAGGGACCUGGCCACAGCCUGUAAACUGGACUAUGAUGAGGAUGCCAGUGCAAUGCUGAAGGAGGUCCAGCCAAAGGCCAACAAAAUCAUAGAGCACAGACGCAAAUAUGAGCGCAAGAGAGAAGAGAAGGAGAUCAAAGAGAAGCAAGACCGGAUAAAGAAAGCCAGAGAGGAGCACGCACGGGCUCAGAGGGAAGAGGAAGCACGACAGGCUGGAGGAGGAUUCUUCCCAGGUCCGGGUGGAUUCCCAGGCGGAUUCCCAGGUGGAGCCGGAGCUGGUCCCGGCAUGGCUGGUCUAGGUGAACUCCUGAAGGAUCCUGAGCUGCUUAAUGCCAUGAAGGACCCUGAGGUGAUGGCCGCCUUCCAGGAUGUCGCCCAGAACCCGGCCAACAUCUCCAAGUAUCAGAACAACCCCAAAAUCAUGGCCCUCGUCACCAAGCUGAGCUCUAAAUUUGGAGCUCCUCCACAGCCAUAGACAGGACGGGACAGAAAUGGGAGAGAAGAACGAGUGGAUGUGGUGAAACAAUCUGGAGAGCAAAGCUUUUCAACAAUUAUUCACUGUGUGUAGUUCAAACAGGGGAGCAGGUGACGGGUUAACUGGCAUGGUGUAGAGGAAGGUUGGCAAUUUCUUUUCUUUUUUUUUUUUAAUGUUCUUAAUCAGCCUGUUAGCACUUAGCAACAUGUCAACAAAGCAGCCCGGUGGUUAGGAGUCAGGUCUGAUACUUAUACACCCCGUCCAGCACAUCUCAGCUGGGAAUUCACUUAAACCACAGGUUGACGUUUUCUAACCUGCGUCAUGAACAGCCAAACCGGGAGCCUCCUGCAUUAAGACGCUAGCUUAGAAACAUUUCUACCGCUGUUUAAUACUCUCUAUGAUUUAGCUACUGGUUUCUUUCUGUGGACGGAGCUGAACUCUCACACCACUGUGGGCCCUUCUUGUUAUCAGAUGUAUUAUUAUAAAAAGUAUUGAACAUGUUUGACCCUGUUGGAAAAAUAAUUCACAAAAAUAAAAGCUCUGUUCCUGCAAAUCAGGUUUGAUCUGCAUUUCUAGUUCUGUUUCCCGUUAAAUGUCAUGUGUAAAAGAGUUCACUCAUUUUUAUUUUGACUUCAGUUUUCCUGUGAUAAUUAAACUGGAAAGAAUGAUCAGAAAA